UGGAGCAGCAAGGAGCGUCUGUGUGCCGUGUGAUUGUUACUGUAUACAGUACAACUGUGUGGGUGUAUUUGUGUGUCACCAUGUGUUCGCUAAUGUGUGUGCAUGUGCUUUAGGAGCUCCUCGGACGAACCUCACUGGAGACACAGAAACUGGAACUCAUGGAUGAAGUUUCCUAUCUGAAACUCAAGCUAGUCAGCAUGGAGGAGGAACACAACCACAUUGAUGAACAGGAGCAACAUCACAAAGCCGAGAGUGUGGUUAAUCUAAUUAGUGAACUACAGGAGCAGAUGUGUAAAUUCCAGGAGGAAAUCAGCAAUCGCAUCCAGGAGCAGAGAGCCCUGGAGAGCCUGGGGGACAGUGGCACACGCGAGGCUCUCGACCAGAGCCCGGAUGUGGGCCUUGGUGCCUCUGAUGCUGAGGAAUGCAGCUGCUGCUGUAGAAGUGGAGAAGAGAAUGCUUUGUUGCAAGAGCUUCGCCUUCUUAAGAGCAAAGUUGAAGAACUGGAGGGUGAGAAAUCACAAUAUGAAAGGAAGCUCAAAGCCACUAAGACUGAGAUUGCCAAACUCCAGCAGCUGCUUGCUACGAAGAAUGCUGAAAUCGAGUGUCUACAGAAUCAGCUUCUGUCCCGAGGAACCAUCAACAAUGGCAUCACAGAGACAGAGAGAGAUCAAGAGCUGCAGAGGUUAAAAACUGGAAUGGAGACGCUAAUAGCUGCCAAUAAUGAAAAGGAUCGACACAUAGGGGAACUCCAUCUUCUGUUGGUCCAAUACAGAAAAUUGAAAGACAGCUUGGCCCUUUCUCAAGUGACCAACGAUAUGUUGCUGUCUGGCAGCAGUGAAGAAGAUCUUAAUGGCACUCGAAAAAUAAGAGCCCCGACGCAUAAAGCAUACUCUGACAUUGUCAGAUCAGAGCUACAGAUGUCUUCCCGAGGCCCGUCACCACUCCUGGUCUCUCCUCCGUGUUUACAGAGGGAACUGGACUCCAGCUUUCGCAGUAUACAGCCCUCCAAGGAGACCUCGAUGGUAUGCAUUGGCGACUUGGGCUUUUACAGCAGACAAUGGUCAAUGCCACGGAUGCUGUCCACCAGCUUGGAAGAACUCCAAAGUGGAAGCUUACAGAUGCAUGUAGUGGGCCAACCAGUAGAGGCUGUUUUAGAGAACCGAUAUAAUCCUGAAAAUAACAAAUACCAGACACUUCCGGGCAAGUUUAAUCGUCCAGAGCAGAAUGGAGUGGGAUUGCAGUCGUCUUCCCCACUGCAACUGUCUCCUGAUGAAAGUGAGGACAGCGAAUUCAACCUGAAUCGCUGCCGAAGCGCCAGUGCUCCAGCUUUAGUACCACGGGGAAAGCAUGAUCAGUUUGUGCUUGGAAAGGCAGAGAAGACCGAUAACUCGACCUUGUCUGACCUUUCACCCAUGUCGUCUGGAGUAGAAUCAGGUCAGCAGUCUCCUGUUUCACCAGAGCACAAGAAGAACCAGAAAGGCAUUCUAAAACUGUGGGGAAAAUGUGUAUCGUAUCAUAAGCCACGUAAAAUAGGUUUCUCCAGUUUUGGCCACCGUAAGAAGCGCACUCACGAGUCCACUGACUACAUCUGCCCUCUGGAUGCUUCACAAGACCAGGCCCUGCUCAAUGGGGCCAACCGGCCCUACAGCGGCUUCAGGGGCCUGAGCCCCAUCUUUGACCGGGACCCAGAGAGACAGGAGCAGGUGGGAGUUCUACAGAUCUGA